GAAAAGCAAACAAGCUAAUUGAGCCAUACAUACAGAUAGUCAGAUACAAACCAAUUGCAGUAAUAUAGUAUUCAUCAAUUCAAUGGCUGAAGUUUAUAACAACUUAAAGCAGGCUGCAUCUUGCACUAUCAUUUUGGCAUUUGUGUUUUCCUUUGGUUUCCAAACAGCAGUGGGAAGUAGAGCUUUAACCUACGCCCCCAAUGAAAAGGGGUCUGCAGCAUCACCGGCUGUGCCGCUUGGAGAUGAUUCCACAUGGACUACCCUCGGCCAUAGUCCGGGCAUAGGGCACAAUACCCCACCCCGGGCUUCGCGCGCUUUUGACACAUUUUCACAUGUGGAUGAUUUCAGACCGACUGACCCCGGUCACAGUCCCGGCGCCGGUCACUCAACCCCACCCCCUGCUUCGGACGCUUUUGCCAAAUUUUCACACGUGGAUGAUUUCCGACCGACUGACCCCGGUCACAGUCCCGGGGCCGGUCACUCAACCCCAUCCCUUGCUUCGGACGCUUUUGCCAAAUUUUCACACGUGGAUGAUUUCCGACCGACUGACCCUGGUCACAGUCCCGGGGCCGGUCAUGCAUAAUAGCCCUCGUCUACCAAUACGUGCCCCAUAUACACAUCGAUAUACAAUCUAGCAUAUGUUAUUAUAUACUACUCUAUAAAUACACUAUUAUGACGUUAAAUUAAAUACGUAGUAUGUUGAAGAUGGAGUCUUGUUCUUAGGUUCAGAGCAGAUACCCGACCGGGUAUGGUCAGCCACCCGACCGGGUAUGUUGAAGCAGAGACCGGGGGAUCUCACUGGAUGUGAGACCCGACCGGGUCAGGGAAGGGACCCGACCGGGUCAGCAAGGCAGAAGCCUUCUGUUUUGGAAACCCGACCUGGUUUCCACCGGGUUUGUGUUCUGUGAAGGAGACCCGACCGGGUCAAAUAAGAGACCCGACCGGGUCAGGCGACGGGAAUUUUAAAAACAGGCUUAAUUUUGGGCCUGCGGCUCUAAUCUCAGUUUAGGUUUUCCUAAACCUAUUUAAACGACUCUUAUGUACUUGUAAACCUCUUGGGGACGCUGAUAAUAAUACAUACUCUCUCUCGUUCGCCGUGGACUAGCGUAAUCACCCCGAUUACGUGAACCACGUUAAUUCUUGUGUUCUUGCUCUUAAUUUAUCGUUUAUCUUUGCCUAAUUGUAACAAUUGGUAUCAGAGCUAUGGCUGACGAAGGGAAGGUUAAGAUCGAUAAAUUUGAUGGUCAAGAUUUCGCUUUCUGGAAGAUGCAGAUCGAGGAUUAUCUCUACCAGAAGAAGCUUCAUCAACCGUUGUCUGAGAACAAACCAGAAACGAU